AAUCCACCCGAUCUCGAACGCAAGGCCUUAAGUCUCACCAUCAAAUCGCUUCCCGUUUUUUCCUUAUUUCGUGUAAAAAUGGCAAAUAUCCGCCGUCUCGUUAUCUUCGGAGCUACGGGGAACACAGGUCUUUGUUGUACCGAGGCUGCCGUCCAGUUGGGAUACGACACGACCGUAUUCAUCCGCGACCCCGCCAAACUGCCGGAAGCCUUGGCUUCUCAAGUGACCGUGAAGGUCGGUGACAUCUUGAAUGAAAAUCAGGUUGACGAUGCUGUGCAAGGGCAGGACGCCGUUGUCAUUGUCAUCGGCACGCGGAAUGACCUAAGUCCUACAACGAUGAUGUCAGAGGGAACGAAGAAUGUUCUCAGCGCUAUGGAGAAGUACAACGUUAAUCGUGUGUCUGCGUGUCUCUCGUCCUUCAACUUCUGGGAGCGUGAAAAGGUUCCUGAGCGAUUCCUCAAUAUACUGGACGACCAUUCCCGCAUGCUUGAAGCUCUAAAGGCGAGCAGCCGGGAAUGGGUAGCAGUUCUUCCACCACAUAUUACAGAUGAACCGGCGAAGGGAGACUACAUCACAGCACAAGGGAAGGGACCAGGUCGUACAAUUUCCAAGCACGACCUAGGACACUUCAUGGUCACCUGUUUGACUGAUAACGACAACCUGUAUAAAAUGAUUGGCCUCUGUGACAAGCCACAGGCAUAGUUCCAGCACCAGGAGUCCUUUGUUCAGAAAUGAAACCUCUUUAAUCCAUAUUAAUGGCAAAUGUAGAAGCUGUAAAAACGGAAGUAGUGUUAGUCCCUUGGAGAAAAAAAAAUAUGAAAAAGAAUAUUGAUAAUCAAUACUCACACAAAAGGUGACAAGUCAUAGCUAAAUUCUUGGCAUCAGACUAUCAUUAUUAUUUUGAUUUUUGCAGUCCAAAAUUAUCAUUUACAAGCAAUCAGGAAGAAUGCAUCCAUGAGGAUUUGCAGUUUGCUUUACUAUACAUGCUUUAGAUCUGUGGCAUAAUACUGAAGUAAAAUUUCUCUAGUGUAGUUAAGGUAAGCAGGGCAAUCCUUUCAAUCAAAGCAUGGAUUUAAACUUCUAUUUUGCUUUACAAGCUUGAUUUUAAAGACAUAUGUAGAAGGGUUUAUAUAUUUCUUUUAUUUAUUUAUUUAUUUUUUUUUUUACACGAAACAAAUUCCGUCACAACUUUAACAAGGUGUACGAAGAAUUUCUUUACUGGUUUCUUUUUUGUAUUUUUUAAGUUAUGUGAAGAAAUGUUCAUUUCUACAGCAGUGAUAUUGCAUAAGUACCAUGUAUUAAACAGUUUAUGAGAAAUGUUUUGGUGCAGUAUUUUAUUGUUAAAUAAAAUAUAUAUUUUUAUGUAGCUUUGACUCCAUUUAAUGACAUGGAAUAAAAAAAUAUGAAUUUUCUAAUUAGUUGGUAUUUUAAUUUGAUAGAUAAUUAUUCCAGAAGUAUAAUAUACCUCUAAAUAGCUUAUUUUUAUUCUUUAGCUUUUGCAAAUAUAAUUAAUUAGAAAUUUCUUACAUUUUGAAUUCCAAAGAAAUAUUGUAGUAAGAGUUCUUGAACUGUUUAUCUAUGCUUUAAAUUGAUAUAUAAAGUUUACGUAAGUUACAAUGCCUGUAAAUUUACUUUAGUAUGUGUUCAGCAAGGAAUUCAUACUACUGCUUUAUGCAGCAUAUUUUUCCUGGCCUACAUGGAGUACUUUGCCAUUCGAAAUGUUCUUUUGUUGUUGGGUAUUUCAAUCAACAGGUAAUAUAGCUUAUACUAGGAUGCACAGACUAAGAUUAUCAACUAUGUAUUUUUUCAUUAUAAAGGAUGUAGAAUGGUUAAAAAUAUUCAAUUAGUAUA